UUAAUGUAAUAGAGUAUCUCAGUAGAGGUUAAGCUUCCUCGUCCAGCGCUAAAUCUCGGCCGGUGCCUCAGUCGCAUCAGUCACAUUCGUGGAGCGUGGCCGAGAGGUCCGCGAAGUUCCCCUGGUCGCCGUCAUGGCCCCCAUCAUCGUGUCCCGGACGCCGGCGUUGCUUCUGCUGGCGGUGCUCGCCGGGCCGUCAACCUUGACGUCGGCGCACCUGCGGGCGCCGCGCAACUCCAAGCUGCCCGUCGAGGCGUGGCUCUCGACGCCGGAGCUGAUCGAGCACUGGGGCUACCCCGCCGAGACGCACACGGUGCAGACCGACGACGGCUUCCUCAUCGAUGUGCACCGCAUCCCAGGGCCUAAGCUCGGCGACAAGCCCGGCGUCGGCUCGCGAAGGACUCCGGUGCUCAUCGCGCACGGCUACAGCGCCUCGAGCGAGUGCAUGGUCCUGCGACCCCACGACAACCUGGCCUUCAUGCUGGCGGACGCAGGCUUCGACGUCUGGCUGGGCAACACCCGGGGCAACUUCUACGGCAAGCGGCACCUCACCCUCUCGCCGCAGGACAAGGAGUUCUGGGACUUCGGCUGGCACGAGAACGGCCUGCUCGACAUGAGCGCCACCAUCGACCUCAUCCUGCGCGAGACGGGCGAGCCCUCGGUAGUCUUCGUGGGGCACUCCAUGGGCUGCUCCUCGCUGUUCGCGCUGCUCUCCGACCGGCCCGAGUACAACGCCAAGGUGCGCGCCGGCUUCCUGCUCGCCCCCGCCGUCUACUUCACCAACCUGCAGGGUGUCUUCCUGCAGAUCCGCCGGACGCCCUUACUGCGCGUCGUGCACCGCUCCUGGCUACGGUUGAACAUGGAGAACCCCAUAACGAGGGCGCCCUACCCGCGGCUCUGCCUGCCGCCCAACAGCUUGGUCAUGAACCCGAGCUGCAUGAAGCUGUUCACCGAGGCGCAGGGCCCGUUCUACAACAUGGCCAACAACACAUACAUGCCGAUCCUCAUGCGACACUGGCCGGCGGGCUCGUCCGUCGGACAGACCACACACUUCCUGCAGCUCAUCAUACAAGGUGAUGGUUUCCGAAAAUACGAUUACGGACCAGAGAUGAACAGCGUGCGGUACGGGUCAAACAGGCCACCCGAGUACAACCUGACUAACGUGAACAGCCCCAUGUUCCUCUUCUACAGCGCCACCGACUACCAAGCAAACGGCAAGGAUGUGAAGAGGCUGGCGUCCGACAUCCCGGGGACAGCGGGGCUCAUAAAGACGCCGACAAAAAUAUUUAAUCACCUGGACAUCAUGUACGAGGAGGCUGCUGCCAAGCUCAUAUACAAAAGACUGAUCAAACAAAUGACGAAAUAUAGAUCUAUUUAUUAAUUUAA